CUCCUCUCCUCCUCUCCAUCAGUGCGCUGGAUAAGCGGAUCAGGGGGAGGUGGAGGAAAGAUCCAGAGAGCAGACUGGAGCGAAAGGGGGGAGUGUCUGAGCGCGAGACACACACACACACACACACGCAGGCGCGCGCACACACGCACCAGGGCUCCACGCGCCUUUCAGUUUAACUUCAAACAGUCCAGCGCGCGCCUCGCCGUUUGGAAUCUUCGUUUUUUGCGUCUCUUGUCUCUCUGAUCAGCCGCCUUUGAAGACCCAGCGGACUUACCGGCUCCUCUUACCCAGGUGCGGUGAUUUUCCCAGUUGAGCAGAAGCGGCGAAUCAUCAUGCAGGAUCACUGUCCCAGCAGAGAGCCAGUGCGGUGGGGCAGCCGCUGAACACCUAGCCUCACCUGCUUCUAGUCUCAGCCAAUCAGCUCUCAGAGUCCAUCCGGCUCCACUGACACAAGCCAAGUCCAUCCCAGCCUUCAGCCAGGGAGCUGAGUGACCGUUCGUUUGCUUCUGUGUGUUGUGUGUUUGUGUGAGUGUGUGUUGUGUGUGAGUGUGUGUGUGUGUUGUGUGUGAGUGUGUGUGUGUGUAUAUAUAUAUAUAUAUAUAUAUAUAUAUAUAUAUAUAUAUGUGUGCUGCCAUGGCGUUCACGUUGUCGGAGAUCAUGGCUGCACGGCGGCAGCAGCAGCAGCAGCAGACCCAGAGAGCUGGGAGAGGAGUGGUGGAGGUGGACGAGUACAGCUCCAAUCCCACUCAAGCCUUCACCUUCUACAACAUCAACCAGGGACGCUUCCAGCCUCCCCACGUACACAUGGUUGAUCCGCUGCCCCAUGACACCCCCAAGCCCCCUGGCUACACUCGCUUUGUGUGCAUCUCAGACACACACUCGCGCACCGACAGCAUUCAGAUGCCAUACGGUGAUGUUUUACUGCAUGCGGGAGACUUCACCGAGCUCGGCCUGCCCAGCGAGGUCAAGAAAUUCAACGAUUGGCUUGGCACUCUACCCUACGAGAUUAAGAUUGUGAUCGCGGGAAACCACGAGCUGACGUUCGAUCAGGAGUUCAUGGCUGACCUGAUCAAGCAGGACUUCUACUACUUUCCCUCUGCCUCCAAACUGAAGCCAGAGAACUAUGAGAAUGUGCAGUCGCUGCUCACCAACUGCAUCUACCUGCAGGACUCGGACGUUACUGUCAGAGGCUUUCGUAUAUACGGCUCGCCAUGGCAGCCGUGGUACUAUGGCUGGGGUUUUAAUCUGCCGCGAGGACAAGCUCUGUUGGACAAGUGGAACCAGAUCCCAGACUCCACUGACAUUCUGCUCACACACUGCCCUCCUCUGGGAUUUCUCGACUGGGUGCCCAGGAAGAUGCAGCGCGUCGGCUGCAUGGAGCUGUUAAACACAGUCCAGAGAAGAGUCCAACCCAAACUACAUGUCUUUGGACACAUACAUGAAGGUUACGGCAUGAUGACGGACGGAACCACCACUUUUAUUAACGCCUCCACGUGUACAGUCAACUUCCAGCCUAUGAACUCCCCCAUUGUCUUCGACCUGCCCAAUCCCAGGAGCUCUUGAUUAAACUCCAGAAAGCUAAUCCCUGCAUCUCAUCAUCGCUGUCUCCAAUCAGGGUCCCCUCUCUGAGUUUAUUUGGGUACUCUUUUUUUGUGUGUAUAUAAAGGAGAGCAAUACUGUGCUCUGGACAUUUUUUUGGUGAGAUUUUCAUCCGUUGGUGUGAAACGUUCUGUCCUCGAAUAGUGACUCUGCUACUGCCUCAUUUAAAGACGUUUUACCAUGUUUUUAAGUGGGCCUCGCUCUUUCAUUGCACUUGAAACGUUGCGACAAUCCCUUCAGCUGUUAACGGUGUUGGCUCAUCGGACAACCGCGGGAUUCUGGGAGGUGGUGGCGUCGGCGGCUCGGGACUCCUCAUAAUUUAAUCCGGGAAAAGAAUCUCGGGAACCUGGAAGCCUCAAAAAAGGACCUCAGAGAAAUAAACUGAUUUUUUUCUGAAAUUCUAGAAGGUCUAGAAGAUCAGAAGUGCAUCGGAUGAAGUGUCAUGAAGUGAAAUUGCCCGCCUUGAUUUUUGCGACACUUUCACUUCAUUCUUCACCUUUUUUUUUUUUGUUCUUUUUGCUCCCAUCUCUUACCUUAUCCAGUGCCAUGCUGCUGUGAAGGUUUGUUCAGGGUGUGUGUCAUCUCCUCCUCCUCCUCUUCCUCUCUUUUCCCAGCUAUUUCAUUUUGGGAUGGAAGUCAGACACUGAACGUGUGCAAUGUACAAAUGUUGAUGUGGAAAAAAUAUAAAUGUCUCCAUU